AUGGCGACCCUUGUAGAUCCCGGUGAUUUGGAGACUUUGGACAGCGCGAGUAACGUCAUGGCGUCCCCGUCGUCCGCAAGUCUUCCGCAGCACUUCGUCGACAGCAAAUUUUACCUGCUGGUUGUCAUCGGGGAAAUCGUGGCGGAGGAUAACUUAAAGUGUGCCAUUGCGGAUAUCGAGAAAGGAAUACGUUCCUGGGACACCAACCUUGUUGACUGUAACCUGGAUCAAGAACUAAAGCUUUUUGUCUCCAGACAUUCAGCUCGUUUCUCUGCAGACGUGAGAGGGCAGAGGAUUCUUCACCACAAAAGCAAUGUCUUGGAGACGGUGGUGCUUAUCAACCCCUCAGAUGAAGCAGUCAGCACUGAGGUCCGUUUGAUGAUCUCAGACACUGCCAGACACAAGCUUAUAGUACUCUCAGGACAAUGCAUUGAAAACACUGGCGAGCUUAUUCUUCAGUCUGGAUCUUUCUCCUUCUUCAAUUUCAUCGACAUAUUUACUGACCAAGAGAUUGGUGAAUUGCUCAGCACCAUUCAUCCUGAAAACAAAGCCAACCUUACCCUCUCCUGCCCUGAACAAGGUGACUGGAAAAACUCUAACCUGGACAAACACAACCUACAAGAUUUCAUCAACAUGAAACUGAAUUCUGCUCUUAUACUUCCUGAAAUGGAGGGCCUCUCAGAGUUCACAGAAUACCUUUCUGAGUCAGUUGAGAUCCCAACUCCAUUUGACAUGUUAGAGCCACCCACAUCAGGGGGUUUUUUGAAACUCUCCAAGCCAUGCUGUUACAUCUUCCCUGGUGGUCGUGGUGACUCUGCUCUCUUUGCUGUCAAUGGGUUCAACAUGCUCAUUAAUGGUGGCUCUGACAGGAAGUCGUGCUUCUGGAAGCUGGUGAGACACCUGGACAGGGUGGACUCAAUCCUCCUGACUCACAUUGGUGAUGACAACAUGCCAGGCAUCAACAGCAUGCUGCAGAGGAAGAUCGCAGAGCUGGAAGAGGAGCAGUCACAAGGUUCCACAUCUAACAGCGACUGGGUGAAAAACAUGAUAUCACCAGACAUUGGUGUCGUGUUCAUGAACCUUCCUGAAAACCUGGGGAACCCUGAACCUAAUUACAGAGUGCGAAGGAACCUUGAGGAGGCAAUAUUAACUCAGCAAUUCCUUACCAAACUGAAUUUGAAAAUAGAGUCUUUACACCGGCCUGUUGGAAACACGAUAGAGCCAAUCAUACUUUUUCAGAAAAUGGGUGUGGGUAAGCUUGAGAUGUAUGUGCUUAACCCAUCCCAAAACAGCAAGGAGCUGCAGCACUUUAUAAAGCAGUGGACAGGUAGUGAGAAAGACAAAGCCUCUAUUCUGUUGCCAAAUGGUGACGAAUCAGAAUUCCCUAUUUCCUACUUAACUUCCAUCUCUGCACUGAUUGUGUGGCAUCCUGCAAACCCCUCAGAAAAAAUAAUACGUGUUCUCUUUACCGGCAAUGCCACUCAGCAUCACAUCCUUGAAGGUUUAGAAAAACUGAAGAACUUGGACUUCUUAAAGCAGCCAAUAGUCACGCAGAAAGAAAUGUCUCCUAAUGUGGCACCAGUGCUAAAGCAGGCUAAGAUGAAACACCGAACAGACAGCAAGGAGAGCCUCAGAUCUACCCCCAAGCCAUCACCAAGUAAGACUGUCAGAAAGGAAUCAAAGGAGGAAGCCCCUGAAAAGGCAAAGAAAGAUGCAGAAUCAAAUAAAGAAAAAAUGCAAAAGGUAGAAAAAAAAGAAAAGGCCCCUGUGAAAAAAGAAAAGAUCAAGGCACCUGUCAACAUUAAAGUGGAUCAUACAUCCCAAAAUGAAACUCCAGAAAAAAAGAAGACUGAAAUGAAACCUAAGGUGCAAAAGGAAAAGAUUAAGAGAGAACCCAAAAGUCCUCUGGAAAAGAAAAUCGAUGAAAAAGAGGCAAAAAAAGAUGUAGUGAAGAGAGAUGAGAAGCCUACACUUAAAAGGGAAAGCAAAAGGGAAGAGAAAGUCAAGAAGGAGGAAAUAAAGAAAGAUGUAAAAAUGGAUUUCAGGAGGGACUCCCCCAUGAAGGAGAAGAAGGAAGAGAAGAAAAAGCAAAAGAAAGAGGAAUCCAAGAAAGAUUUAAAAAGACCUUCUAAAGACAUAGAAAAGGUAACGGCUGCAGGAGAGGAAAAGAAGGCAGCACCAAAACUAAAGCCCUUAAAAAAACUUGCUGCCUCAAAAAAAGAUGCUGGAAGCCCCUCCAGCAUAAAAGAGAAGGGGAAACCAAAGGUACCAAAGAAGGAGACAAAGGUGGAUGAUGCCAAAAAUAUAACCCAAAAAGUGAUUGGUGUUGUAGAGGCUCCAGAGUCAGAGAUAUUCUCUGAACCUGAGAUAUUGAUGGUCACACCAGAAAACCUCAGCAAGGAUCUUGAGGAGAUGAAAUCUGAUGGGUCAAGGGAGGAUGCUGAAACUGUACAGCAAACCAGAGAGGAAGAGUCUAGGAAGAUCCAAUCUGAAGAAAUAAUGCUGCCCGAAGAGGAGACAGCAGAGUAUGUGGAUGAGGGUAUAACAACCACAGAAGCCGAGGGAGACAAUGAGGAUACUCCAGAUGAAACAGAUCUUAAGGGAAAACUGAAUGGUAGUGGAAGUGAGAAGUUUGAAGAUAAGGGCAUUGGAUUGGAGGAGGCAUCUGAGGGAGGGGAUUAUGAAGAGAAAGGAGAGACAGAGGAGGAUCAUGAGCCACAGAAAAUGGAAUCAAUUCAAUAUAAACCUACUUACAGUCAGGAUGAGGAAGAACAACACAGUCGUCAUGAGGUCAAGCCUGAGCAUAAGGCUGAGGAAGAAGUUGAGGAUAUUGAUGUUGAGCCGAAUAAACCUGCACAGGGUCUGUAUGUAAAUGAAAGAGAGAUGGAGAAAAAGUGUCUUUCUGUAUCAGCCUCACCCAAGGUGUCCUCACCUGUUUCUCCACCUGCAUCUAUUCAUGAUGAAAUGUUGCCAGUUUGCUUUGAAAGUGAAACUACCUCAGAUGAUGAGAACAGAGAUGAGCCCCCUGAGGAGUACACUGUUACCUCUGGCCACACUCAGUCUACACUAGAGAUCUCCAGUGUGCCAACCCCAAUGGAUGAGAUGAUGACACCUAGAGACAUUACAAGUGAUGAAACUACCAAUGAUGAGACUGACUCUCCUUCUCAGGACUUUGGUAGAUUUGGAACAUCCACAUCUAGGGAGUUUGAUAGGAAGAAGCUUUCUCCACUUCAUGAUGGCCCAGAAUCACACAGCUCAAAGAGUAAUGCCACAGAGGGCAGGGACUACCAUCCCUCUGCUUCCACAAUAUCUCCCCCCUCAUCAAUGGAGGAGGAUAAAUUCUGUCGGGAAUUGACUGAGGAGAGUGUGGAAGGUUUUGCUUCAGCUCAGGAGACAUGUAAGAAGUAUGACCUUGACUCAACUGGCCUCAGCUCUACUUCCACAACAUUACCUAUUGUACGUUCUCCCUCAGUGGACCACAAGGAGGAUUUUCAAUCUCCAUCACUUUUUACUGCACCAAUAGAACUGUGUACAACACUGACAGGGUCACCUAGGGGUGCACUUGAAUCCUUCAACAGUCCAGAAGACAAAACACUAGAGGGGACCACUUCACCUCAUUCCUCUGGUCACACACCUUACUAUCAGUCUCCAGUGGAUGACAAAUCUGGAGCUAUGCCAUCUGCGUCAGAAGAAAAAGCCCAGGGUCCCAUAAUUGUUGAGGUCAUUAGUGAUAAAGAGGACUCUUCCAACAGGGUCAGCCCAGAACCUGAAGAUGACCACUCCUUCCCUGUAGAGAAAAUGUCUCCUCUCAAAAGUCCAACUCCAGUUGAAGCUGAUUCCCCAACAAAGAGGGAGAAAUCACCAUUUGAUGUGGAUAAUAAGAAAAAUGGAGAAAAUAACCAUGCUGUCUUACCUUCAGCAUCAUUACCAAAGCAUGAAUCAGACACAAAUCUUUUUACUGCUUUCAAAGAAGAGAGUAAAAUGUCAAUAUCAGAAGGCACCACAUCAGAUAAAUCUGGCACACCACUGGAGGAAGUUGUGGCAGAGGACACAUUUUCUCAUUUAGCUUCAGUAUCCACUGCCUCCCUGGCAACUAGCUCCUUCCCAGAGCCUACUACUGACUCCCCUUCACUUCAUGCCGAGGUCGGUUCUCCCCACUCAACAGAGGUGGAUGACUCCCUGUCAGUCUCUGUGGUGCAGACUCCAACUACUUUCCAAGAAGUGGAGGGUUCCCCAUCUAAGGAGGACAGUCCCAGACCCAUGUCAAUUUCCCCAGACAUCUCACCAAAGGCCAAAACCAGGACUCAGACACAAGACGCAAAAUCCCCAGGGCAGUCUACAAUGUCAGUAGAGUUUGACCAAGAGUCCCCUGACCACUCUUUAGCUCUCGACUUUAGUAAGCAAUCUCCAGAGCAUCCAUUUGUAGGAGGCAGCCUACGUGCCACAGAGAAUGGCCCAACUGAGGUGGAUUACAGCCCCACAGAUGGAACUGAUGUAAGACCAACUGGCCAACAUAGUUCUACAAUAGAGAAACCUAUGUUUUUCAAAGAGAUCGAUGCAGUUUGUGCCACCUCUGCUUCCCCAUCAGAUGCAUCUCAGUCCACUCCCUCGGUUACCACACCCUGCCAAAUGACAGAGAUCUCACCAGGUAUGACCCAACAAACAGAUAAAUCUCCAGUCACCCCAAAGUCAGUAUCUCUCACCCACUCUCCUCUUUCCAACGAUUUAUCACCUGUGUUAGGAGGUCCCCAUGCUAAAGAUGACUCCAGCUCAAUCUUACCAUCUGUGGAAGGGAUUUUAAAUAAAUCUGACAUGCAGAAGAAAUAUGACAAGUCACCCUCACCUCCCAAAAGUACCUCCCCAUCACCUCCUUUUUCCCCUUCAAACAUAGAGGGACAUUCCCCAGCAAGGGAGACUAAUCCAUUCAAAUGUGAGGAUUCUACAUUUCAGUCCAAAUCCUUCGUCAGCCCCAAGGUCCCUUCUCCAUCCUAUCUGCCUUUCACUUCCAAUAUGUCUAAUGACAAGUUUACUGCUGGCGUUCUGGACCCAGACUCCACAAAGAAGAGCCCCUCUUCUCAGUCAAAGACAGAUGUGGACCUCUGUCUAGUCAACUCAUGUGAGUUCCGUCAUCCUAAAACAGAACUAUCCCCAUCUUUCAUUAACCCCAGCCCUCUAGAGUACUUCAUGAAUGUGGAAGACCCCAUAGAUGAAGAAAAACCUCUGACCAAGUCAGGAGGAGGACCCCCACCCCCAGGAGGUAAGCUUCACACCAAGCAGUGUGAGGAGACCCCGCCCACCUCCAUCAGUGAGUCUGCCCCCUCCCAGACUGACUCUGAUGUUCCUCCAGGUACCGAGGAGUGCCCCUCCAUCACAGCAGAUGCUAACAUUGACUCUGAAGAUGACUCUGAGACUCUGCCUACUGACAGAACCCUGACCUACAGGCAUGCAGAUCCUCCUCCAAUGGCACUGAGGGACUCUGCUCCAUCUUCAGCCCACCCUGAUGUCUGUAUGGUGGACCCAGAGGUUUUCAAGGCUGAGAAAAACAACCAAGAUGUUAAAAAAGAUGGAGGAGAAAAACAAAAGAAGAAACUGACCAAAAAGUCCUCCUCGCCAGCCAAAAAGAGUGCGCUAUCAAAAGUUGGGGAUUCAAACACUGCGUCUCCAAAGAAGAGUGUGGGAGAAGGAAAAGAUGUCAAAAAUGCAACCAAUACCUCUGCAUCCAGAGGUGUGAAAAGUGCCACAUCAGGCCCAGGCAGUGGCAAGACAUCAGGUGGGGUGCCAGUACCCAGUUGUCCUCCCAUGUACAUGGACAUGGUUUACAUCCCCAAUCACUGCAGUGCCAAGAACGUGGAUGCCGAAUUCUUCAAGCGGGUGCGGUCUUCCUACUAUGUGGUCAGUGGCAAUGAUCAGACAAUUCAGGAGCCAAGCAAGACGGUCUUAGAUGGUCUUUUGGAAGGAAAGGCCCAGUGGGGAAACAAUAUGCAGGUUACGCUGAUUCCAACCCAUGAUUCUGACGUGAUGAGAGAGUGGUAUCAGGAGACCCUCGACAAGCAACAAGAGCUUAACAUCAUGGUCCUGGCCAGCAGCAGCACCAUCGUCAUGCAGGACGAGUCCUUCCCAGCUUGUAAGAUAGAACUGUAG